CGGUGACGUCACAGUGUCAUGGCGGCGAGCAGUGCGGCUGUGUCGGUUUUAACUCCGAAUGGAAGAAGACAGACCGUCAAAGUGUCUCCAAACACACCUUUAUUACAGGUUCUUGAGGAUGUGUGUAAAAAACACGGCUUUAAUCCAGAUGAACAUGGACUCAAGUUUCAGAGGCUCGUUCUAGAUUUGUCUCUGCAGUGGCGUUUUGCCAGUCUGCCGAAUAAUGCCAAGCUGGAGAUGGUGGUGUGUUCGCGGCCGCAGACGGGAGCUGAGAGCGCGGUGUGUGUCAGCGGUAAGGAUGCACUGAAGAAGACGACUCUGAAGUCUCUGGGUCUCACCGGAGGAAGUGCCAUCAUACGUUAUGUGCUGAAAGGCUCUGGCUCUUCGUGUCCUGCUGCAUCCGUGGAUGCGGUCGCUAUGCCAACGGAUGAUGUUGCCAAGACAACCGUAUCACAACCGCCUCCAGAACCACCCGAGGAGCACGCCCCCGUUCCCAUGGAAACCCCAGCUCCUCCCACUGAGGUCGCCGCCCCGCCGAACCAUCAUCCUGUCAAACAGGAAGAGGAGGAGCCAAGCUCGAGCCGAGAGCAGGGGGUGUGGCCCAAAACUGACCAGCCUCCGCAGGCCAAACUAAUGCCACAGGAGGAUGACGAGCGACCUGGGACGUCCCAACAGUGCCAUGGCUCCGCCCCCUCAGCCACGCCCACUGACUUUGUUCCAUUUUCGGGAAGCGGACAGCGUCUGGGAGGAACUGCUGGACUGAAGAUGUCCACGUCAUUGUCAUCAUGUGUGUCCGGCAGCCCACCGAAAGCCAAGAAACCCAAACCCAGCCAUGAAAUCAAGCGAUCAGUCAGUGCCAAACAAGUGACGAGGGAUGAAGAGGAAUCAGUGAAUCGUGUGUGUUUGUGCAGCCGGUCGACAGGGAGCCGCUGGUCUUCCAUCUGGACUCCGGAGACCAUCGCCAUGACGACGCAGAACUUCCUGACGAGUUUUUCGAAGUCACCGUUGACGACAUUCGGAAGAGAUUUGCGCAGCUGAAGAGCG